GGCUGGUUGUGUGGUGAAUUUGUGUUUCCUUCCGCAAUAUGGCCCACGGACAUCACGACCACAGCGACGAAGCUUCGACCAUCGCAUCGCGCCAAGCCUUGGCGGAUGCCCGGGUGCCGCUCUCGUACCGUGACCAGUGCGGGGGGAUUUUGAUCCCUUUGAACGACUGCCGCCGAGAAACCGCGUUUGCGCCGUGGAAGUGCCAAGACCUUCGACAUGCGUAUGAGAAGUGCCAAUAUGAUGAGUGGAAGAAGCGCUGCCAAAUCCUCAAGGAGAGCAAGAAGGCGGCGAAAUAAACGAAGCGUGUAAUCUAUCUACCAUUCAAGAUGGAUUUAUACAUCUGUACGCGUCCUUGUACAUGUUGAUUUCUGGCGACGUCAUUGAGCCUUCCACG